AUGCUUCCACCACUAAUUCCUCCUUUCCGCUAUGCUAUCGUUGAAGACGAAGUUUAUCGCGGUUCUCAGCCAAAGAAUCUCAAUUUCCGGUUUCUUAAAAGGUUAAAGCUAAAAACUAUCCUAUCAAUGAUUCCCGGUGCCCCCGAACAAGCACUCGUGGAUUUUUGCAAAGAACAAAAUAUUCGCAUCAUUAGUUUACCCGUUGCAAAAGCUAAGGAUAAUGUCACCUUGAACUAUAGUAAAGCUGUACAUGCUGUACAGAUAAUCAUUGAACCUACAAAUUUACCUAUUUACAUACAUUGUCUUGAUGGUGGAAAU